AGGCCGGGAGGACCAGCUCGCUGCUUCGGUGUGCUUUCUUGGCGCUCCUAGGUUCCACGGGCGGCAAUCCCCGCGAGGCCCAUGGGAUUCCCUCGCUGAGUCCUUAGUAGUCCGUCCCGGAUCCUACUCCCUACCCUCGCUUGCACGCUGUGGAGUUUCGGGUUAGGUAGUCUUCCCUGCAGGUCCUGUGCUGUUAAGCCCCAGGAGCCCAAACUUUAAUGAGAAAACGAUGAAGAAGUUAAAGCUUAAGGAACUAGAGAGUCGUCUGCAAGAAGUGGAUGGAUUCGAAAAGCCCAAGUUACUUCUAGAACAGUAUCCCACUAGGCCGCACAUUGCAGCAUGCAUGCUUUAUACAAUCCACAAUACAUACGAUGACAUUGAGAGUAAAGCAGUUGCAGAUCUAGGAUGUGGUUGUGGAGUACUCAGUAUUGGAGCCGCAAUGUUAGGAGCAGGGUUGUGUGUUGGAUUUGACAUAGAUGAAGAUGCACUGGAAAUAUUUAAUAAAAAUGUGGAAGAGUUUGAGUUAACAAAUGUCGAUAUGAUUCAGUGUGAUGUGUACUCAUUAUCUAGCAGAAUGUCCAAGUUAUUUGACACAGUAAUUAUGAAUCCUCCCUUUGGGACCAAAAAUAAUAAAGGGACAGAUAUGGCUUUUCUGAAGACUGCUUUGGGAAUGGCAAGAACAGCAGUGUAUUCUUUACACAAGUCCUCAACUAGAGAACAUAUUCAGAAGAAAGCUGCCGAAUGGAAAGUGAAGACAGAGAUUAUCGCAGAGCUUCGAUAUGACCUACCAGCAUUAUACAACUUUCAUAAAAAGAAAUCAGUGGACAUUGAAGUGGACCUAAUUCGCUUUUCUUUUUAAAAGCUUCUGAAGACAAAAAGCAGCUUAAAACCUAACUAAGGAAUAAAAACACUGCUUACUAAAUAAACUACUUGUCUCUAGCACCA